AUGGUGAUGGCUCAGGUAGGUGUCAGAACACGAGCUCGAGCCGCAUUAGCCAUGGAAGCCACAAGUUCACCUCAACGAACUACAAAGAGAAGAAAGAUCAACAACAGAACCGAAAACCGUAAAUUCUCAACCGUCAAACCAAAGAUAGCGACGGUUAUGCCGGAACCAGAAACGGAGAAAUAUUCCUCCCGUUCUACCUCCGAUGAAGAAUUUCCGGCAUCGUGUUGUUCAAGCAACGGAUCGGUUGAACUCGACGAAGAAAGGAUCAAAUCGUUAGAUCUGGAGGUGGAGAGCGCGCAAGGUGAAACGUCGAUGUGCAAUUGCGAUGAAGAAAUUGAGAGGAGAGAGAUGAGUCGUUCAAGCGAGUUUCGAGGAAAUUCUCAUGAGCUCGAGUCAAUGGAGACCAAUUCUCGCCGUCCGAUUUCAUCUCCCAAAAAUACGCCAACGGAAUUCGAGCUUGAGGAAUUUUUCGCUGCUGCUGAGAAAGACAUUCAGAAAAAGUUUCAAGAAAAGUAUAAUUAUGAUAUUCUGAAGGACGUUCCAUUGGAAGGACGCUACGAGUGGGUUCAGUUGAAGCCAUGA